AUUUGUUUUCCCCUUAGGUGGAUGUCUAUAUAUUUGAGCCACAAGGAAUCAGCCAUAUUGAAGCACCGAACAUGUUUGGAACACAGUUUGAUGGGGUCAUCCGCAUAACUAAAGGAGAGAACAAGGCUCAUGUUUCCUUCAAGCCAACCUUGGACCAACAGCGGAAAUGCCCAAAUUGUACAGAUACGGCCAUUGAUGGACGUAUUAUUGUGAGAUAUGAUGUGAAACGGGAGCUCAAUGGUGGAAACCUUCAGGUUUCCAAUGGUUACUUUGCUCACUUUUUUGCUCCUGAUAAUCUUCCACCACUUCCUAAAAACAUCAUCUUUGUCAUUGAUGUCAGUGGCUCAAUGUGGGGAAUUAAAAUGAAGCAGGUAAAUCCUUUCGCUUCAGUGACAUUGUUUCAAUAUGAAGAUAUUGUCUAGGUUCUGAAUGAGAAAAUUUCAAAGUCGCCCUUUUCACUUCUUAGGUUCAGACUCAAUCGAGUUGCACUGGCCCCACUAGAUCUCUUCUUUGUCAAUUGCCUUUGCUGCCAACGUCAGUCUAAUUUUCUACAAAAGACUUGUGCCUUGUGAUUCAUGGAUCCCUAGUAGCAGGCAGACUGAGGCGAAGACUUUCAUGAUUUAUAUUUGCACAGGAUAUCCUGUUCAUUCUUAGUAGCUACAUCCUAUCUCUUCCGUUUCCUUAAUCUGAGUCAAUUUCAGUCUGACUUGGUGAAAAUCCAGGCCAUAAUUCCUGAAUUUGAUGACAUGCUUUAAGGCAAAUUUUAGGACUGGAAAAACAUCCAGAAAUUCUUGAUUUGUUGAAUGCAAUGAUGGUUGAAGUCAGAACUGUGCUGAAAUAAUU